AAACACGAAGCAGGCCAGUCGCUCGUGUGCGGGACUCCGCGUCGGAUGUCGAGGAUAGAUACGUCCAUGUGUCCUUUUAUCGUUUCUUCGCGUUCAUUGUCAAGCAUACGCGAUCGUGUAAUCGUAGUAAAGAGGAGGAGAUGGUGCUCCUGCUAAGAAUGUAUACCAAAGGAACGCUUGUCUCAUGUGAUUUUGUUAAAACGUUUAGGAAGUAACGUGUACGCAAGCGCGCGUUGGUUUGCGACGAAAAAGAAUCGGGCAGGCAUAGAGAGAAAGAAAGAGAGAGAGAGAGAGAGAGAGAAAGAGAAAGAAAGAAAGAGAGAAAGAGAGAAGAAUAGAUAGAAGGAGAGAUAGAGAGAGAGAAGAGAAAGAGCAAAAGCGAGGAAUUGGCAUCGGAGACACGGGCGCGUCUUUAACGUGCCUCAGGACCGAUCUGACCGAUCGACCGUCAUCGCUUCUUUCCCCAUAGUUUUUAAAUAUAUAUACACAUACAUACAUACAUAUAUAUAUAUAUAUAUAUAUAUACAUAUAUAUAUACCUCUCUCUCUCUCGCAUUUAAUAUAGAACAACGGCAAACGACAUAAGAACGAUAUUCUUAUUAAAUAAGGAAGGAAGUAAAGAGUCAUGGUAUCGAGAUACCACGACGCUACUUCCGACUUUACUACUGAGGAUCGUUUCGGUGCAUAUUGUUGUCAUACCCAGGACAUGGCCUGUGAUCGUGUUGACUCGGACUUCGAGUUCUCUAUACCGCCCGAAGCCCCUGUAUUUGAGCCGAGUACUGAGGAGUUCCUCGACCCUCUUGGAUAUAUCGCGAAAAUAAGACCGAUCGCUGAGAAAUCUGGCAUCUGCAAGAUCAAACCUCCGCCCAACUGGCAGCCACCAUUCGCAGUUGAUGUUGACAAAUUCAAAUUUGUCCCACGUAUACAAAGAUUAAAUGAAUUAGAAGCUAAAACUAGGAUAAAACUCAAUUUCUUAGAUCAAAUCGCUAAGUUCUGGGAAUUACAAGGAUCAUCAUUAAAAAUACCUCUUGUAGAACGUAAAGCUUUGGAUUUGUAUUCUUUGCACAAGAUUGUCACAGACGAAGGAGGUGUAGAAACGGUAACGAAGGAAAGAAGAUGGGCGAAAAUUGCCAACAAAUUAGGUUAUCCCUCUGGAAGAAGCGUUGGAAGUAUUUUAAAAAAUCACUACGAAAGAAUUUUAUAUCCAUUUGACGUAUUUAAACAAGGAAAAGCAUUGAUCGAUAUUAAAAUAGAACCAGAUUCUGACGAAAAAGAGAAAAGAGAUCGUGAUUACAAACCUCAUGGAAUAAUAUCAAGGCAGCAAAUCAAACCCCCAGCAGAGAAGUUUUCACGUCGUUCAAAGAGAUUUUCUGGCCAAGAAGAAAAACAAGAAGUCUGCGUCAAGCAAGAAGAUUGCAAAGAAGAAUAUGAUUCCGAUCAAGACUGCAAAGAAGGUAUUGUUAGAAGCAAAUAUGUAGAUAAUGAUAAAAGUAAAGAACUUAAGAAAUUACAAUUUUAUGGAGCCGGUCCAAAAAUGGCUGGUUUUAAUACCAAAGAACCAAAGAAGUCUAACAAAACUAGAGGCGUUAAACUAACGUACGAGUUUGACCCACUUGCAAAAUACAUUUGUCAUAAUUGUGGGAGAGGUGACAAUGAAGAAAAUAUGCUUCUGUGUGAUGGCUGCGAUGAUAGCUACCACACAUUUUGUUUAAUGCCACCUUUAACAGAGAUACCUAAAGGAGACUGGAGGUGUCCAAAAUGUGUCGCGGAAGAAGUUUCAAAACCAAUGGAGGCCUUUGGUUUUGAACAAGCACAAAGGGAAUACACUCUUCAACAAUUUGGCGAAAUGGCAGAUCAAUUCAAAAGCGAUUAUUUCAACAUGCCAGUACACAUGGUUCCGACUUCGUUAGUAGAAAAAGAAUUUUGGAGAAUAGUAUCAUCUAUCGAUGAAGAUGUUACAGUCGAAUAUGGCGCGGAUUUACAUACCAUGGAUCAUGGAUCUGGAUUUCCAACGAAAACAAGUGUUAAUUUAUUUACGUGUGAUCAAGAAUAUGCCGAGUCCUGGUGGAAUUUAAACAAUUUACCGGUUUUACGUGGCAGUGUAUUAGGUCAUAUCAAUGCGGAUAUUAGUGGCAUGAAAGUCCCAUGGAUGUACGUUGGCAUGUGUUUUGCAACAUUUUGUUGGCACAAUGAAGACCAUUGGAGUUAUUCUAUUAAUUAUUUACAUUGGGGAGAACCAAAAACAUGGUACGGUGUGCCUGGUUCUCAGGCAGAAAAAUUUGAACACUCAAUGAAAUCUGCUGCACCUGAAUUAUUUCACAGUCAGCCUGAUUUGUUACAUCAAUUAGUGACAAUUAUGAAUCCAAAUAUUUUAACGAACGAAGGAGUAUCAGUAUUUAGAACUGAUCAACAUGCUGGUGAAUUUGUUGUAACAUUUCCAAGAGCAUAUCAUGCAGGUUUCAAUCAAGGUUAUAAUUUCGCAGAGGCAGUAAAUUUUGCACCUGCAGAUUGGCUCAAAAUGGGAAGAGAGUGCAUCACACAUUAUUCAAAUUUAAGGAGGUUUUGUGUAUUCUCUCACGACGAAUUAGUAUGCAAAAUGUCUUUAGAUCCCGAUUCAUUAGAUAUUGGAAUUGCUACGGCUACUUAUCAUGAUAUGUUACAAAUGGUAGAUGACGAAAAAAAAUUACGAAAAAAUUUGCUGGAAUGGGGUGUAACAGAGGCUGAACGCGAAGCCUUUGAGUUAUUACCAGACGAUGAACGACAGUGUGAAGCCUGUAAAACAACUUGUUUUUUAAGUGCAGUUACAUGUUCGUGUCACAAUUCCCAAUUGGUUUGUUUAAGACAUUUUACGGAUCUUUGUGAUUGUCCACCAGAAAAACAUACAUUACGCUAUCGUUAUACGUUAGACGAAUUGCCAAUCAUGUUACAAAAGUUAAAGUUGAAAGCAGAGUCUUUCGACUCGUGGGUAACUAAAGUUAAAGAAGCCAUGGAUCCAAAGAAUGAUAAAGUUGAACUUAGUGAGUUGAAAGAACUUUUGAAUGAGGCAGAAAAUAAAAAGUUCCCAGAUAGUGAAUUAUUAACAGCAUUAACGACGGCCGUACAAGAUGCUGAAAAAUGUGCAAGCGUUGCGCAACAAUUGUUAAACAACAAACAACGUACAAGGACCAGGCAAUCUGUAGAGACAAAAUAUAAAUUAACCGUGGAAGAGUUGACAUUAUUUUAUAAAGAAAUAACAAAUUUAUGUUGUGACUUAAAAGAAUCCGAUGGCGUAAAGUUUAUAUUGGAUCAGGUAUUACAAUUUCAAAGUGACGCAGAGAAAUUGGAGUCUAAAGAAGACAAUUGUGAUAUUGAUAAACUAGAAAAGUGUAUAGAGUUUGGAGAUUCCAUAUGUAUCGAACUACCACAACUUGUACGCUUAAAACAGAAAUUAGCACAAAUGCAAUGGCUUGAAGAGAUAAAAACCCUUCAAGAAGAUCCAAAGUCCGUAAGUCGUGAAGAUUUGGUAAGAUUAAUAGAAAAAGGAACGACGAUACCUCCGCACUUUAAAAUAGAAACAACUCUAGCAGAAUUACGAACGUUGAUGACUGCAAUCGAUAAGUGGGAAGAAAAAGCAAAAUUAUAUUUGAAUGCAAGAAAUAGGCCAACCAUUUCGACGGUCGAAGAAUUUGUCCGUGAAGCCGACGAAGUGGAAGGUUAUCUUCCAAGUUUAAAUACUUUGCAAGAUUUAUUAAGUCGUGCGAAAAAUUGGUCGAACAUGGUAGAGGAGAUACAAGGGAGAGAAAAUUUUCCAUAUUACGAUACGUUAGAUGAAAUUGUUAGAAAAGGUAGGAGUAUAUCAUUACAAUUGGAUACUCUUUCGAUGUUAGAAUCUACCCUUUCUCAAGCAAAAACUUGGAAAGAGAGAACAGUAAGGACAUUCCUAAGGAAAAAUUCACAUUAUACGCUGAUGGAGGCAUUGUCACCGCGCAUCGGUGUUGGUGUAUUAGCUAUGAAAACAAAGAGAAAUAGAGGGGAUGAAUCUGUCGGUGCUGUGUUCGUUUGUGAUACAAAACUCGAUGAUUCGAAUGACUCUGCGACCGUUGUAGCCGCGUUCAAAUUGGCAGAACAACGUGAGAUGGAUGCAAUGAGAAGUUUAAGGGAAAGAAAUUUAUUAAAAACCGAAAUGGAUGAUUCUAGAUAUUGUGUGUGUCGUAGACCAAGAUUUGGACUUAUGCUACAGUGUGAGCUUUGCAAAGAUUGGUUCCAUUCGAAUUGUGUCCCAUUACCUAAGACAACGUAUAAAGGGAAAGUACCUAUGUCAAGGGAGGUGAAAUUUUUAUGUCCAUGUUGUUUACGUUCAAGAAGGCCUCGCUUGGAAACAAUUUUAGCACUUUUAGUUAGCUUACAAAAGAUCUCAAUACGUUUACCGGAAGGUGAGGCAUUGCAAUGUCUAACAGAACGGGCAAUGAACUGGCAGGAUCGUGCAAGACAAGCUUUGGCAACGGAAGAAAUUUCCUCGGCGUUGGCGACGUUAUCGGCACUUUCGCAAAAAUUAGUCGAAGCUGCUGCCAGAGAAAAAACGGAAAAGAUUAUUAGUAGCGAAUUAAAGAAAGCAGCUAAUAAUCCUGAAUUACAUCAAAGAGUACAAGCUAUCGCACCUCUUAGCGGUGUUCAUUCGGAUGAUAGUGUGCUUAGCACGGCAGAUGACGAUGACGAUGUCGUUACGAUCGAUGACGAUGAACCAACGUGUAGUACCUUCAAUAGUAAUGAGCAUGCUUAUUCUUACAUUUCAAAACUCCAACGUAAAUCUCAAUCAAGUGAUUCCUCAGAAACAGCGGUAAUCCUGUCGCAUAGUGCGAGGCAACAUCUAGAAGAAUUAAUGAUGGAAGGUGAUUUGCUAGAAGUUGCAUUAGACGAGACGCAACAUAUUUGGCGUAUUUUAAGUCAUACGAAUAGUCCAAGUACUAUUAGAAAAUAUGCGGCCCUUGAAGAAAUUCAAACUAAUUGCAAUCAAGAAUCUAAGGAUGCUAAGAAACGUGGUAGGAAAAGGAAAUCCGAAGAACUUGAAUUAUUGAAGAAACUUGGAAAGCAAAAAAUCGAUGACAAAAGUUUAGUCAAACGUAAGGGAUUGGUAAAAGAGAAAAAAUCGGCUAGUUCACCGGUACCAAUAAAACGUGGCCCACGAAAGAUGAAACGAAAAGAGGGAGAGGAAGGUCCAAAGAAAAGAGGAGGUAAUAGAAAGAAAACUAAGCAAGACACUUCGGACGAGGAAGAAGAUUGUGCCGCGGUUAAUUGUUUACAUCCCAGUGGUAGAGAAGUUGAUUGGGUCCAAUGCGAUGGAGGAUGCGAAGGUUGGUUUCAUAUGCAUUGCGUUGGUCUUGAUAGAACAGAAAUCGCAGAAGAGGACGAUUACAUUUGUAGUAAUUGUAAAGAGACAGACCAAAAUGUAACGAUCGAUGCAAAUGGCGAUGGAUUUAUCGAUCUGGCUGAACUACGAAAUGCAUUGGACGUUUGUGGAUUUAAAAUGCCCGGCUAUAAAGUGCGACAAAUGAUCGAGGAGUAUGACGACAAACAGAGACUACAACACAAGGGCCGGCUGUCCUUCGACGAGUUCGAGAAACUCUGUAAGGAGCUUAAGGCCAACGAACUUGGAUCCACUUUCAAGCACGUCGUCUCGAAAAAGGAGAAUCUUGAAACGUUGGGAGGAAUUUCGGAAGCAUCAAGCGUUGGUACGACUCAUUCCGUUAGACUCGAGGAACAACUUGCCUUCAGUGAUUGGAUCAAUACUAAUCUUGCACACGAUCCCGAUUUGAAACAUUUGUUACCUAUCGAUUCUGAGGGCAAGGCUCUUUAUGACAAGGUCAAAGAUGGCAUACUUCUUUGUAAAAUCAUCAAUCAUUCUUGUCCGGAUACCAUAGACGAAAGAACCAUCAACAAGAAGAGUCUGACAUUGUAUAAGAAGCAUGAAAAUUUGACGCUUGCAUUAUCAUCGGCACAAUCUAUUGGUUGCAAUAUCAUCAAUAUUGAUGCUCAUGAUCUUACCAAAGGAUCACCUCACUUGGUUUUAGGUCUCUUAUGGCAGAUUAUUAGAAUUGGUCUAUUCAAUCAAAUUACUUUAGAGAAUUGUCCUGGUUUGGCGACGUUAUUACAAGACGGUGAACGUAUUGAAGAUCUUCUAAAACUUUCUCCCGAGUCUAUACUCUUGAGAUGGGUUAAUCAUCAUUUAGAAAAUGCUGGUAUUGCUAGAAGAUGCAAUAACUUCCAAUCAGACAUCACGGAUUCUGAAAUUUAUACUUACUUGAUUAAACAAAUUGCACCUAAUACUGCUGGCGUCACCGUCGAAGCUUUAAUGGAACCAAAUCAUUUGUCACGAGCUGAAAUCAUGCUUCAACAAGCUGCAAAAUUAGGUUGUCGCAGUUUUGUUACACCCAGUGAUGUCGUCAAUGGUAUUUAUAAACUCAAUCUUGCAUUCGUGGCAAACAUGUUUAACAAUUAUCCUGGCCUGGAUAAGCCUGAGAACAAUAUCGAAGGAUUGGAAUCAUUGGAAGAGACUCGGGAAGAGAAAACAUAUAGAAAUUGGAUGAAUUCUAUGGGCGUGGUACCUCACGUUAAUUGGCUUUAUUCCGAUCUUGCCGAUGGAUUAGUAAUCUUCCAAUUAUAUGACAUCAUAAAGCCCGGUACAGUAAAUUGGCAAAAAGUUCAUAAAAAGUUUACCAAGUUAAGAAAAUUCAUGGAGAAAUUAGAAAACUGCAAUUACGUGGUUGAACUUGGAAAACAGAUGAACUUUUCAUUGGUCGGUAUAGCAGGACAGGAUAUUAAUGAUGGGAACGCGACCUUGACAUUGGCUCUCAUCUGGCAAUUGAUGAGGUCUUAUACUUUGUCAAUUUUAACGUCAUUGACUGGUACGCAGGGCAGUACCCUGGUCGAAAAAGAGAUCGUACAAUGGGUUAAUUCUAAAUUGCAAGGAGCAGGGAAGAGUAGUAGUAUCAAAAGUUUUCAGGAUUAUGCGAUAUCGGAUGGUAAGGUAGUGAUCGAUUUGAUCGACGCUAUCAAACCCGGGUCUGUUAAUUAUGAUCUCGUUAAGGAGGGUGGUACAGAGGAAGAAAACCUCGACAAUGCCAAAUAUGCGAUAUCCUUGGCACGAAAAUGUGGUGCUCGGGUCUAUGCGUUACCAGAAGACAUAACCGAGGUAAAACCGAAGAUGGUGAUGACCGUGUUCGCCUGUUUGAUGGCGAUGGACUACAUCCCCAAUAUGGAUUCAGUAAAGCAGCAAAAUAACGUGAAUAACAGUCAAUAAUGUCGAGCCAUAUUUUUACCGUCGUGCCGUUACUUUCCUACGCGAGAACUUUUGAUAGGGCAUUACAUUUCCUCGUGCUCUAUGUCUCUUCCAACAACGUAAUAAUAAUAAUAAUAAUAAUAAUUAUAAUAAUAAUAAUAAUAAUUAUAAUAAUAAUAAUAAUAUUAAUAAUAAUAAUAAUAAUAAAUAAUAAUAAUAAUAUUAAUAUUAAUAAUAAUGAUAAUAAUUAUUAUUAUUAUUAUAUAAUAAUAAUAAUUGUAUAUACGUAGGUUAGGAUAGCUUCUUUUUCACGAUUCAUUAGGAUCAAACUUGAGAAUAGAAAAUGGCGGGACAGAAGAGAAAAUAGAUGUUCGUACUGUUAUGUAUGUAUGUGUAUGUGUGUGUGUAUGUGUGCGCGCGCGUGGUGUGUGUGUAUAUGCAUGUCCCUUUUUAUAUAAUGCCAGGAGAAUCAAAAAAAAAGAAAAAGAAAAAAAAAAUAAAUAUUUGCUGUGUUAUUAUACUUAUUAGAUACUUAUGAAAUGAUAGAAAUGAUUCUCCUCAUCGGUAACUCUUUUCAUUGGAUAUUCAUUGGAUUUUUCGGUAUAUUUUUUUAAUCGUUAAAUCAUGUCCUUCAUCUUUGCGUCGCUCCAAAUCUAAAUCAUUUAAAUAAGAGAAAAAUUGUAAACUGUGAUCGAACUGUUAUGUGCUUAAGUUAUGUUCAAACUUAAAAUGAUAAGAGCUCUUGACUCAUUUUUUUUUUUUUGUUCUUUUUUUUUUCUUUUUCUUCUUUUUCGUGCACUUCAUCGAAGUGCGAUGGAACGAAAGUAGUUAUACCAAUCAAAAAAUAUUUUCAAAAAUUAAUUAAUCUCAUUGUUCAACGUUAAAUUAUAAUUUUUAUUAUCAUUUGUGUGGAGUGCUUUGAUGAUGGAUAGCAUGCUAGAUAUAUACGUGUGUAUAUAUAUAUAUAUAUAUAUGUACACACACAGGUACGCGUUUAUAAAUAUAAAAGGACUGUCCUUAGCUUACAGCUACAUUGUUUUACAAUUUUGCAAUCAUGUUAAUGUCAAUCAAAAGGUUUAUAGGAAAUAACCUUUCUAGUAUAGGAUAUAAAAAAUCGAUAAACGAGAUGUUUAUGCAAGAUUUUUUUACACGUAUGCUCAUUCAAGAAUGUAAUACAACAUUCCAAAUUUUUUCUAGAAUUUUUUCAGAAGCAUUUCAUGAAGCCGCCCUCCGAAGUAAAAUGUGUUUCAUAGUAAACAUUUUGUAACUUUUUUCGAUAAUGAUAUUACAAAAUGAUAAAGAAGAAAACGUUACAUAAUUUGUAAUCAUGUUUUUCUACGAUUUUCUAAUGCGAUAUAAUUUGAUAAAAUUAUUGGCAGAAUGUCUUUCUUUUUUUUUUUCUUUUUCUUUUUUUUUUUACGAUUUCUAUCAAAUAGAUUCGUACGAUGUCGAAUGAUAAAAAAAAAAAAAAAAUAACAAAAAAAAGAAUAAAAAAAAAAAAAAAGAAGAAAAAAAAAUUAGAGCAUUACGAAUAAAGAUAAAAGAAAUUAGAAAAAUGUCUACCGAUAGAUUAGAAUCAACGAUGCCCACCAAAGCUAUGAUUUUUUUUUUUUUUUUUUCACGCGUAUCUGUAAACGUAUCUAAUUUCCUUGAGCUUAGUUAAGAAGUUCUAAGAAGAAGGAGCUCCCCAUAAAAAAAAAAAAAAAUUAGAUUUAUCGUGCGCCAAUGCGAUUAGAUUUUUAUAUGAUUUAAGAGAAAAUCAAUAAAAUUGUGCCACUGAUUGUAUGAAAUCGAAAGGAAAGUAGAAAAUGAAAGGGCACGCUUUUGAAAAAUUUCAUCGAAUUUCAAUUGUCCUCUUAAAAAGUGCAAUAAAUAUAUGUGCAUAUCCAUCUGUAGCUAACUUAAGAAAAAGAAAAAAAUAAACAAAGGGGUUUUUUUUAUUUUUUUUUAUUUUUUUUUUUUUUUUUUUUACAAAUAUAUUUCAAACAAUCGUCGAAUCAUAUCAAAAAUAAAAGCGAAAAUAAAAAAUAAAAAAUAAAAAACGAAAUACGUAAAUCUUUUAACGUGGAUCUGUCGAAGACAAUUAUCCUAAUAUUUUAUAAAAAAAAAAGAAAGGAGAAAAAAAAAAGGAAAAAAAAAAAGAAAAAGAAAAGAAAGGAAAAAGAGUAUCGUUAAACUAACAAAAGGAAAUCGACGAAAUAAACUUAAAUAGCAUAUGCAUAUUAGACUUCAAAAAUAAAUAGCAAUUUAUAAUUAAUUUGCAGAAGAAAAAAAAAACGUAUGUGGAAUUUUGAAGAAUUUCCUAUUUGAAUAAAAUAAUGAUUAAGAUUUAUGGUUGGUAAUGUAAGAAAAUAAAAAUAUAUAAUAAUCAUUCGAAUAGAUCAGUUUUCAUGAUCAUGCAAAAAAGAAGAAAGAAAAAUAAAAAGUAAAAGAAAACAUUGCGCAUACGAAAUAUACCAUAAGAGGUGUACGACGUAAACUCAUAAAAUUAUUGACUUGUAUAUUCGUCAUGGAAAUAAACAAAAAAAUGUCCUCAA